CAUGUAUACAUUCCCGUACUACCGGCCACGUUGGUUGCCUUCCUGGGCGCGCCUAUGCCCUACUUAAUCGGGAUGGAUGCAAAGUACAAGAGCAUUGCUAUGAAUGAGGGAGGCAUGGGCGAAGACAUCGUGUAUGCCAAUCUGGAUGAGGGGCACCUCAUGUGCGCAUCGGCUGCCGCCAUAACCCUUCCCCAGCAUAUACAACGGAAG